AUGUCGAGUCGCAGACUGGGGGGAGGCCGCGUCCUAGGCAGCGGGAAGGGUCUCGCUCCGCCGAGUGCAGCGACAGCGUCCCCAGCCGUGCAGCGUGCGACGAGCCCAUAUGCGCCUUCAGAUAGUACACCGUCCAUCGGGGGUUCGAUCGGCGAAUCUAUCCUGUCCCCUGGUUCAGGCUCGCCGAGUUCUGCCAGUCCACUGCCUGGGCUUGCGCAGGAUCUUGCUUCCAAUAUCAGCUUGGGGGGUCCUAGUAAUGGCGCCGCCAAAGGGGCGCUGGUGUGUCCGAUUUGUGAGGAAGAAAUGUUGACCCUGCUACAACUAAACCGCCACAUCGACGACAACCACCAGGAGCUCCCGGAUUUCCAGCAGGACGAGGUUAAAACAUGGUUCGAUAAGCAAGUUUUGAAAGCAAAGAAGUUCCAACCUUUAUCCCUAAUCAACCAAAAACUCCGAGGCCUCGAGGUAUUCGAGUCAAACGAAACUGCGCCGCUGCCCACACACACGAGAGAAGUGUCGGCUACAAGAGCUCCCACUAUUCUUGAGACUCCUUUUGAUCCAGAUGAGAUCAUUACCAAAUCCCAUUGGCAGAGAUCAGGUUUCAAUGAUGUGUGUACGGAUCCAGCAUGUGGAAAGGGGCUAGGCGCAGUAAAUGGGAGCAUCAACUGUCGCAAAUGUGGCAGGCUUUUUUGUGAAGAACAUACAAUGUAUCAAAUGAAAUUGUCCAGGUCAGCAGCACACGAGCCUGUCAGAGGCUACUGGUACAGAGUCUGUGAGACCUGCUACAAGUCGAGGGACGGCUACAAUGACCACCAUGGCUUCACACGGGACCAUACAAGCGCGUUCUCGGAAAUACGAAAGAAGAGAGUCGACAGACAAACAUUGGAGAUUUCAAGACUAGAGAAGAGGCUCACGAAACUGACUCAGCUCUUGGCAAACCCGCCUGAAGAAAUGCUCAACGGCAGCGGUGGAGGCGGUACCAGUCUACUGUCACCCGUUGCCUCCUUGGCUGGUCAGAGGAAUCAAAGAAAGAUGAUUGAGCAAUCCGUGGUCACUUGGGAAGACGACGCAAAAGUUAGCAAGUGUCCUUUUUGUCAGCAAGAGUUUGGGUCUUGGACUUUUAGGAGACACCACUGCCGGAUAUGCGGGCGAGUAGUUUGCGCGGAUCCGCAAACGGAAUGCUCCUCUGAGGUUGGCUUGAAUGUGGCCAAUCCCAGUGUACCGAAAUCCGAAAAGCCCGACGGAAGUCCCAUCAGCGUGGAUAUUAGGAUGUGUCGCGACUGCAAAUUCACCAUAUUUGCCAAAAGAGACUUUGUCGAGAGCGUGACACACAAGCCACCCGAUCAGCGAGCAUAUGAGACGUUGCGGCAGUUUGAGCGAGGCAUACAACAACUCAUGCCCAGCUUUCAGAGGGUGCUGAUACCUCUGCAGAACGAAAACAAUCCGCCCAGCCAUGCACAAAUCCAAGAAGCCUCGAAAUUGCGCAAGCGCUUGAUAGACAGCUUCACAAAAUACGAUAUUGCCGCAAAACGCAUUCGAGACCUCAAGACCGCCAGCCCAACGCAAAAACAUUUGCAAAAGGCCGUAUACCAAGCAGCAAGUGCAUUUCUACACAUGCACAUGCUACCAUUAAAGAAUCUUCCAAAGAUCCUCAAACACUCGUCUUCGGCAUCCUCGAACUCGCGUCGACUCAUGCCCAACGGACAUGCGCCAUCACCGCUGCGUAGUAACUCCGACAACUAUCUCGACACUGCGUCGGUCACAAGUGAGACCAGCACGGUAGUCUCGGCGCUUGAAACAGAGGAAAAAGACUUGAAAGAACGACUCAUUGUGCUAGAAGAGCAAAAAUACAUGGUACAAUCCAUGAUUGCCAAUUCUCAGGGCGCGAGAAGAUUCGAGGAAGUCAGCGCCCUGACGCGGAAUGUGGCAGAGCUGGAGAAGGAGAUUGAAAGUGUAAAGGCAAAAGUUGGUGAUGUCGAGGAUAGGUGGCAAGGUCUAUAUGCCAACGGUGGUCUUUCAAAUGCUUGA